AUGAGACCCCCCACCGCCGAACUCCGUUCUAUCUGCGCCAUUCCCACCGAUCAGGGAAAUUUAACAAUUGCUUCCCCUGGAGAUGUCGAGCCGAGCACCCGCCAGCAUCUCCGGAACGCCUUGCAUACCAGCAUGGUGAAGGUCUGCCCGGCGAACACGUGGGCCGGUAGCUGCCAUCUAUCCAGCUGUCCCUAUCCCGUUCUGGUGAACAACAAGCACCAAGCUGAGAUCGAAAAGCUCAAUGAGAUUGUGGUGAAGGUUCUGGACGACAUUGUUCCAAGAUGGUGGAAGGAUACCGCUGCAAAGUUUCCCGAGCGUAUGCCUUUGCUUCCCUACGAGGAGAAGCUUCUCCGAUGGCUGGAUACACUAGGGACUGAUAUGCUACGGCCCUUCAAGGAGUGUCGUGGAUCUUGGAGGCCGGAUUUCCUUGUCGAAAAACACACAGAUCAGGGUCGUGAGGGAGAGGAGUUCUUCCGCAUUUGCGAGAUCAAUGCCCGUUUUACUUGGAACGGCUUCAUGAUGAGCGCGCUUGGUCAACAGGCUCUCUCCGACAUGGGGGUAUAUCGUGAAGGAAUAUGCAGUGGGACAGACUCACAAAAGAUCACCGACGGCCUUCAAAAUCUGUACAAUCCCGACCUCCCGCUCUUCCUCCUCAGGGGCGAGGAGCAUGGAUAUGACAUUCAUUUAUAUACCCAUUAUGCGCGAACAGUUCUCGAUCAGCGCGUCCGGAUGAUCAAAGCUGAUGAUCUGAGAUUGAUUCCGCAUCAGGGGUCACUAGGCGGCUACAAAUUAUGCUGCGUGGCCGAUCCCAAAGAUCUUUUCAAGACGCCAAAGAUAAAUUUCCUGGUCAACGAAGAAGGUGAACACCUUGAGGAGAUUCACCAGAUGGGACUGGAGCUGCAACAACGAGAAAUCCACGCCUUUGAUUACGAAAUGCUCCAGCAAAUCAGUUUGCGGUGUUUCAACGAUAUGCGUACUCUGCUUCUGGUCCACGAUAAGCGGAUGCUGGGGAUUAUGCUAGAGGAGGUUGAUUCUCUCGUGGCCAGACAAGUCAUCUCCCCCAGCGAAGCAGGUUUACUCCAGCAAGGAAUCUGCCCCACGAUUCUUCCCGGAUCUCAUCAAAUGACCCAGUUCAUUGAACAGUGUCGCCUCCACCCAAACCACAAGGAUGAGUAUAUUCUCAAGGCUGUGAGAGAUGGCAAAGGAGAAGGCAUCGUCUUUGGAGAUAACAUGACUCAUGAGUCAUGGAUGGAUCGUCUCGAAGACCAGCGAUCACCACAUAUAUCCCCUCGUGGCGUCACCAGUAUCGUCCAACGCAAGAUCAGACAAGCCAAGUAUGAUGUUCUUCUUAGAGAGAACGAGGGGGUUCAGAACUUCCCCCUUAUUGGAACUUAUCAUGUUGUUAAGGGGCAGUUCUUAGGUCUUGGGGUUUGGCGGAGCAGUCCGGAUGCGGUGUGUGCGAUUAGCUAUGGCGGGGCUUGGAUGUGCUCUGUGAAGCAGACAGAUCCCUGA